UGUGUGUGUAUUGUUUUGUUUGUUGUAUGUGUCUUUAUAGGCUAUGUAAGAGAGUGUGUGUAUUGUUUUGUUUGCGCAUGUUUUAUGUUGUGUGUGUUUACUUCAUCGACUGUGACGUAUGCGCUUGUGUAUGUGAGGGUGUGUGUGAUCCAGACCCAGCUAAUGGAUGUCAGAUGUGUCUGUGUUGCUCUUGUUCGUUAUGGCGCCGUUGCAGCACGGAUGAGAUUUUUUAACCUCUCACGUCUGAAACUCUUUUAACUCCUAUCUGCUCCGUGUUUUACCCGCAAAUCUGAGUCCAUCUCGCCUGGAUCGGAACCGGCCAUGACCGUAGAGCAGAAUGUCCUGCAGCAGCACUCUCAGAAGCACCAGCAGACAUUACUAAACCAGUUGAGGGAAGUCACUGGAACUACAGAUGUUCAGCUGUUACAGCAGGCACUGCAGGUUAGUAACGGUGACCUAGCUGAGGCGGUUGCCUAUCUCACGGAGAAGAAUGCCAAGGUCCCACAGCAAGAUGAAGCCACAUAUUACCAGACAGCCCAGAUCACCAAUGAUAGAUACAUCAGCGUGGGCAGCCAGGCUGACACAAAUGUAAUUGAUCUCACUGGAGAUGAUAAAGAUGACCUUCAGCGUGCCAUCGCUCUCAGUCUGGAGGAGUCGAACAGGGCCUUCAGGGAGACUGGAAUCACUGAUGAAGAGCAAGCCAUUAGCAGAGUCCUAGAGGCCAGCAUUGCAGAGAACAAGGCCAGCCUGAAGCGGACUCACACAGAAGUAUGGAGCGAUUCGGCCAAUCCUUAUGACAGGAAGAGGCAGGAGAACUGUCCCGUAGGGCUGAAGAACGUGGGCAACACAUGUUGGUUCAGUGCAGUUAUACAGUCUCUUUUUAACCUGCUGGAGUUCCAGAGGCUGGUGUUGCAUUAUUCGCCCCCUGCCCGAAUGCAGGACUUGCCCCGCAAUCAGAAGGAGCACAGGAACCUCCCCUUCAUGCAGGAGCUGAGGCGCCUCUUCUCGUUGUUGGUAGGUUCCAAGCGGAAGUAUGUGGACCCAUCCAGAGCUGUGGAGAUCCUAAAGGAUGCCUUCAAGUCCAGUGAGUCUCAACAGCAGGAUGUGAGCGAGUUCACUCACAAACUCUUGGACUGGCUGGAAGAUGCAUUUCAGAUUAAGGCAGAGGAGGACAGGGAGGGAGAGAAUCCAAAGAACCCUAUGGUUGAGCUGUUCUAUGGGCGGUUUCUGGCUGUAGGCGUUCUGGAGGGAAAGAAAUUUGAGAACACUGAGAUGUUUGGGCAGUACCCUCUUCAGGUGAACAGCUUCAAAGAUCUACACGAGUGUUUAGAGGCAGCUAUGAUAGAGGGCGAGAUUGAGUCGUUGCAUUCUGCUGAGAAUUCUGCCAAAUCAGGGCAGGAGCACUGGUUUACAGAACUCCCACCGGUUUUAACAUUUGAACUGUCUAGGUUUGAGUUUAAUCAAGCCUUAGGCCGACCUGAGAAGAUCCACAACAAGCUGGAGUUUCCCUCAAUGCUCUACAUGGACAGGUACAUGGACAAAAACAGAGAUAUCACCCGGAUAAAACGAGAGGAGAUCAGAAGACUUAAGGAGCACCUGACUGUCUUCCAGCAGCGACUGGAGAGGUAUCUCAGCUAUGGCUCAGGGCCCAAGCGUUUUCCUCUGGCUGAUGUUCUCCAGUAUGCCAUGGAGUUUGCAUCCAGCAAGCCUGUAUGCACGUCGCCUGUAGAAGACAUUGAUACAACAGCACCACCUGGCGGCACAACUGCUCAGCUGCCACCUGCAGCAAGCACAGGGGAGCAACCGGAUGGGUGUGCCUCUGCCGAGGUCUCUGGUACCGGUCCACAGACACAGCAGCAGCAGCGGGUGCCAAUCCAUAAACCCUUCACUCAGUCCCGUGUCCCGCCGGACCUGCCCAUGCACCCAGCCCCACGAAACAUCACAGAGGAGGAGCUGAGGGUGCUGGAGGGCUGUCUGCACCGUUGGCGGAGCGAAGUGGAGAAUGACACCAGGGAUCUGCAAGCUAGUAUAUCCAGAAUCCACAGAACUAUCGAACUCAUGUAUUCUGACAAGUCCAUGAUGCAGGUGCCGUACCGGUUGCAUGCAGUUUUGGUCCAUGAGGGUCAGGCAAACGCAGGUCACUACUGGGCGUACAUCUAUGACCCACAUCACCGGCGAUGGAUGAAGUACAAUGACAUCUCUGUUACAAAAUCAUCCUGGGAGGAGCUGGUGAGAGACUCGUUUGGUGGAUAUCGCAAUGCCAGCGCGUACUGCCUCAUGUACAUUGACGAUAAAAAACCCUUCCUCAUCGAAGAGGAGUUUGAUAAAGAGACAGGGCAGAUGCUCAGCGGUUUGGACAAGCUCCCUCAUGACCUGAAGGAGUAUGUGCAGGCAGAUAACAAGCUCUUUGAGAAGGAGAUAGAGGAGUGGGAUGCUCUACAGGCCCGUAAACUCCUGCAGGAGAAGCUGGCUCUAGCUGCAGCCUCCAGUAUGACUGCCCAGCCCAUGAGCACAGAGCCCUGCCCUCCAGAAAACACAGCCAUCCAGCAAGACCCAGAGUACAUGGAGCAGCAGUCACCCACUGGAGACUCCAAACACCUGCAGGAGGACACUGAGCGAGCCAUCUCCAAGGCAGCAGCUGAACAUGAUGAAAAGAGCCCAGAGGCACUACUCAACACAUCUCCGUCAUCUCAUCCUGACCACCAGGUGUCCUCUGAGCCCUGCCCUCCCCCUGACCUUGAGCAAGAGGACUCCACCUCUGCUCCGCCCGCAGCCCAGCGGGUGGUGGAGGUGGCCAUUCCUAAUGUAGGAACCUUCGUCAUUCAGUCGAAGGAGGGAGGUUAUGAUGAUGAGGCAAUGAUGACCCCAAACAUGCAGGGUGUCAUAAUGGCCAUUGGCAAAUCCAGGAGUGUUUAUGACAAGUGUGGGCCUGAAGCAGCCUUCUUCAAGGCAAUGAAAGUGGAGUACACUCGUUUACUGAGGUUGGCUCAGGAAGACACGCCCCCUGAGAAGGACUACCGUCUACAGCACGUCAUUGUUUACUUCAUACAGAACCAGGCACCCAAAAAGAUCCUGGAGAGAACUCUGCUUAUGCAGUUUGCAGACAGAAACCUGGGCUUUGAUGAGAGGUGUAAGAGCAUCAUGAAGGUGGCACGUGCUAAACUGGAGCUCAUUAAGCCUGAUGAAGUGAACAUGGAGGAAUACGAGAUGUGGCAUCAGGAUUACAGGAAUUUCCGUGAGACGACAGUUUUCCUGUUGAUUGGGCUGGAAUUAUUCCUAAAGAAAAGUUACAUGGAAGCGUUGAUGUACCUGAUCUACACCUAUCAGUAUAACAAAGAGCUCCUGGCAAAAGGGCCAUACAGAGGCCAUGACGAGGAACUGAUCGCCCAUUACCGCAGAGAGUGCCUGCUGAAGUUGAACGAGCAUGCAGCCGCCCUCUUUGAGACCGGCGAGGAGAGUGAGGUGAACUCUGGUCUUACCAUCAUGAAUGAGCUGGUGGUGGCCUGUAUUCCACUGCUGCUGGUGGACGAAAUGGAGGAGAAAGACAUGGUGGCCGUGGAGGAUAUGAGGAACCGAUGGUGUUCGUAUCUGGGCCAGGAAAUGGAACCUAAUCUCCAGGAGAAGCUGACCGACUUUCUUCCCAAGCUGCUCGACUGCUCAACUGAGAUCAAAAGCUUUCAUGACCCGCCCAAACUGCCGUCUUACUCCACGCUGGAGCUGUGUGAGCGUUACAGCCGGGUCAUGAUGACGCUCACCCUGAGUCGGACCCCUGCAGAUGGCAGAUGAGCUGUGUUGUUGUCCUCUCCCUCCACUAAUAUGCCUUCCUUAAAGCAGGGCUUUCCCAAACCCACCAACCUGUCCUCUAUCUUUUGCUGCUAGAGAUUUUAUCUUACUCCUUGUAUUGUUAAUAUUAUUUUGAGAAUUUUGUUAUAUUUUAAAGCUAAUGCAACAGAAAUAAAGGUGUGAAAUUGAGCAGAGUGGAAGAAGAAAGUAUUUAAAGUAUAGUUCACCCAAAAAUGACAAUUUUAUCAUCAUUUACUCAUCCUCAUGUUGUUCCUAACUCGCAAAUGAUGGCAGAAUUUUCAUUUUUGGGUGAACUAUCCAUUUAACGCGGAGACUGAAAUUGUGACAUUGGAGCAUGCAGCUUUAGCUUUGUGAAACGAGGUUUAGGAUUCAUUUGAAUAUUUAGUUUUAUUUAAAUGUUAUUAUUUUUGCCCCCCACCAAUCCUUUUCACAUUAGGGGCUGAACAACUUACUGCUCUGCCCUCACUUUGUUACAGUGUUAUUGCAUUGUUUUUUUUUUUUUUGCUGUUUUUUCCUAUGGACGAUGAAACAAAACGCUGGAGGUUCUCAAACAGGUCUGUUGAUCUGAUGACUGGGACUUCAAUACAAGUUUUAAGUGCUGUGGUUGCCGGCCAUGGGACAUACUGUGGCUUGUUAAUACUUUGAGAGAAUAAAGUUUUAUUUAUGGCUCUUUUAGGCCAGAUAUAUAUUUUUUUAAAUGUUCCUAAUCUUUAUUGAACUUGGCAUUGAAUGAAACUGUGCUGCUUUUGGUAUCUCAAAGAGAACAGAGUAUGUUUUCUCCAUACAUUUUGAUAGAUUUGGUUGCACCUAAAUCCUUUAUGUAUUCUUCCUGAGUUUGGUUUACCAUAAGACAUUUAAUGUAAAAAGAAAUAGACAGGUGUUAAGUAAAAAGGCACAAAAACUACUGCUUUCCCAAAGAAAAUGGAUUAGGAUACAGUAAUAUAAAUCUGUAUUUAACAGUCCAUCGCUGUGCAAUCAUUGUAUAAUGUGCAGUUAAAAUGCUUUGUUUUUAAGUUUGUUCAAGCUGUUCACACUAGUGUAAUAGGAAAAGGGGGAUUUGAUGCCACGCAUCAACUAGAUCUGAGAUUUUAGCUUCAACACUGGUGGAAGUUUCCUGGAUGGGUGUUAUCAUUUUACAUACCUAAACCCUUAUGUUUGUCAAAGAGUGUGAUCAUUUUAUUUUCUGUUUUUGGUCAGAGCGGCUUGUUCAGCGCAUUUGACUUAAAAAGCUCUUAAAGCUGACACAAAUAAAGAAAACAAAACCCUCUAUAAA